AUGACGCCUCCCGUCCGCUCCGUGAAUCCGCAGGCCGACGUGCCCUCGACCGACCAAGGCUCGCUGCUUGCGCCCACACGUACUAGAGAUGGCCGCUCCAUGUCUGCGGCCACCGUCAGCGUCAUGGCGAGCUCGCGCGGUGGUCAAUCGUCGUACGCGACCGCAAUCUCUGGGCCUGGGAGCUUCAGCACGCAGUUAAAGCCCACCAUAUCGCAGGACAGCAGAUUGCGCCCGGACAUUGAUAUGCAUGCCAUUACUGUGGGCGACAACGACAACUCCACCAGCGAGCAGCGACAAGCCGACCUACAAGAUCAGAUUGACAAAGAGACUAAGAUCAAGAUUGGGUCGGAAAAUCUGUUGGAAGCUUUGAAUGCAAAGAGUGCAAAGAACGUCAAGGACCAGAGGGCACAAGUCGAAGAGCAGCUGAACAUAUCGAACAAGAAGCUCGCGCAGCUCAAGGCAGGGCUUGCAGUCGAGAUACAGCGCGCAAAGGAAGUCAAGUCACCACCAGCAGAUCCACAAAGUCGGCUAUCGUUCUUGUUCCGUCGAAACCUUUCACGCUCGCCCUCACGCCACGUUGCCAAAGAGAAUGAAGACGAAGACGAGGAAACAGAAUCGCCGACGUUCGUGCUCGCCGAGAUAUUGCAGGCGUUAGAGGUGCAGGGUAUGCAGCCAGAAUACUAUGUUGAGCGAGCCAACUCCCUCGUCCUCCUGCUCAAGCGUCACCCCACCCUCAAGUACGAUCUGGCAUGGUCUAUAUUCGGUUUGAGAAUGCAGACUAUGCUCCUGAGCGAUAGUCGAGAAGUCGUUGCAGCUGCGUACCGAGUUAUGCGGUAUGCUUUCACCGACCGAAAGUCUCUCCGAAUCAUCCGAGGAUUACAGACCGACUACUUAGUGAUACUGUCUCUUGUCAAGGAAAGCAAAGCUAGCGUUGAGCGCGAGCAGGCAUUGAAGUUUGUGCGAGCUUUUUUGGACGUGAAGGAUGGUGUUGAAGAGGUUGGGCGUGCUGUCGUCCGCAUCAUAGUAGCAGUGGCCGAGCAUACCGAAGAUCGACUCCGGAACAUUGCGACUUUGACUCUGGCCGAAAUCCUCGUUAGGAAGCCAUCGCUUCUGGUCGGUGCAGGUGGAUUAGGAGUUUUGACAGACGCUCUGGGUGAGGGUAGUUACCAUGCUGCUGAAAGCGUUGGUUCCUCUCUACUCUACCUGCUAGAUACACCACGACGACGCCAAUUCCUUCGCUCAGGUCGUGAGCUGGAAACACCAUUUGCAAUGUUCACCGAUGGAGGCACGUUGCACGGCCAUCUACACGAAGAGAAGCUCAAGGCCAACGCCAAGGUCAUUGCAUCUUUACUCAGAAGCUGGUCUGGCUUGCUGUCUCUGUGCAUGAACGACUUCCUCCCACUUCGCUCUCUUCUCCUGUCACUGCAGAUACCGACUAUCCAUGUACGCAACAUCAUUCUAGAGCUCCUAUUCGACCUUUUCAGGAUCAAGUCACCAUCAUGGUCUUCCUCUUUCCUCGCCGGUCGACGUCUUACAACCUACGGUCGUGUUACGAACAUGCGAAAUGAGCCCGUUAAAGACGGCUCGAAUGCAAAGACUGGAACCACUACGAACAAAUGGAGCUUGAUCGAUCAUUACGUUUCGGUAGUCUUGGCUGCCUUUCUGCACGCUGGACUGGUGCCAGCUCUGCUACGCGCUGAAGAAGACCCAUUGACUCUGCAGCUGAAGCGCAAAACGACCCUGCUUCUUGGAGAGGUUUUGAAACUAGCGAACGAUCUUUUGCCGCCAUCGUGGAGUGCACAGCUCCAAGUCCUUCCCCAAUUAUUAAAAUCGGCCGCCGAGUUUGAUUCAGAGGAUCGGUUCGUUGCGAUCGGUACUAUCUACCAAGUGGACAGUGUCAACCGUACGCUGUACAGGUCAGGUGCAACGUCGCUUCAUCCUAGUAAAGGCACCGCCACAGUUGACAACGCGGCGUCCGAUCGGCAGACCGACCAAUCGAAGGUCCAAGCAGCCAUGCAAAUGGACGAAGGCCAAUUCCGUUCUUUGAUACUCGAGAGUCAAGUUUUGAACACGAGCAACUUUCAAAAGUGGAAUUGGAACUUGAUUCAAACUGCCAUCGAUGGUCCUUUACUGAACCCUAAAAGACUUGAUGAGGCAUUGAAGGUCACAAAAUUUGUGCAUCGUCUUUUCAACUUCUACCGUCCGUUCAAAUUUCGAUUUGCCGAUGUAAAGAACACAAAACCAAACCAGCGAUACGUGCGUGCGGGUUGCGGUCUGGUGACCAGUCUAUUGCAAAACCCAGAGGGCGUCAAGUAUCUGAGCGAGAGUAAGCUUGUCCGACAAUUGGCAGAGAGCUUAUCACACUUCGAUAGGAUGAGCGGUCUGACGUCUGACUCGCCUCUCUUCCAGGCCGACCGUAUGAACGAGACGCUCACUGGAAGCUAUUUCGCACUCUUGGGUGCGUUGAGCAAGGAUUCUCGCGGUAUCCAGAUCCUGGAAAGAUGGCGGGUUAUCAAUAUGUUCUACCACAUCAUCGAACUCAAUGGUCGCGACGAUCUGAUCCGGGCCUUACUCAGCAACCUGGACUACACUCUUGAUGGUCAUCUACGCAUCAUCAUAUCGAAAGCCAUGACGUCAUGCUCCAAGGAGAUUCGCAUCUUUGCGACUGGCUUGCUGCACAGAUAUGCAACGAAGCCGAUGCAGCUGUCUAGUUCCCAUGGCGUUGCAGAAUGGGCUAUCAAGCUGCUUAUAACACAGCUUUACGAUCCCGACGUCGAAGUUUGUGAGGUCGCAAUCAAGAUACUGGAGACGGCAUGUAACGAGACUGAGUCUCUAGAAUAUGUCGUGAAAUGCCGACCUGCUUUAGAUCAUUUGGGCGAGAUUGGUGCGCCCUUAUUGCUCCGAUUUUUGUCAACGUCAGUAGGAUACCAUUAUCUGGAUGGGCUGGAUUACAUCACGAAAGAGAUGGAUGACUGGUUUCUGGGUAGGAACGAUGCAUACGUGGUACAAAUCGAGGCGACCAUGGCGCGCGCGCUGGCCGACAUUCCUGACAAACCGUCAUCUCUGCUGUCCUACGACGAAGCCUCGGAACAGCCUGAAUACGGACUGGUGCCUGCGCACUUCUAUCGAGAGCUUACCAGGACAAAAGAGGGCUGCAAGCUGCUCAAGCAAAAAGGGCACUUUGAAGAGUUUGCUGCCAAUAUUCGUGAUUUCGCAACCGAAAACAAUGAUCCUGAGAUAAUUCUUAAGGUCAAGGGAUGUCUGUGGGCCGUAGGGAAUGUUGGCUCAAUGGAGUUAGGAGCUCCGUUUCUCGAAAACUCAGACGUAGUCAAAUGGAUUGUACAGAUAGCAGAGACCUCCGAGGUCAUGUCACUCAGGGGUACAGCGUUCUACGUACUUGGACUGAUAUCGAGAAGUCUCCAUGGCCAGGAGAUUUUACUUGAGUAUGGCUGGGACGGUGUAGUCGGUGAGUCUGGUGAAGCACUGGGGUUCUGUUUGCCAUUGAACUUCAGGAAGCUUUUCGAGAUUAAACCAUGGGCGGCCAGAUCGGAGGACAUUAGUUGGAAACGCAAGACCGAAGUCACGGUAGCCAUCACCGACAGCGAUCCCAUCAAUGCACGCAUCCUGAAGCUUGCAACUGACCUUGGAAACACGGUACUCGCCAAGCGGGCAGCGAACGACCUUCAAGCUAUCAAAGCUAAGAAAGCACCGGGAUUUACCAAGCCAUCUGUGUUCCGAAAGGUCAUGCAAAUACUGGAAGCACACCACUUCCGCCUUCCAGCAUGUCGCUUUGUUCUAGACCUGUUCGACAAGCGGGUGUUGGAGCAAAUCGUGCUCGAAGAAGAAGACGAAGAGAGCGAAGAGAGUAGCGACUCGGACUCGGAAUCGGACGAUGAGCCGUUUGGCACGGUCAGUGCUGCAAGUGCUUCAUGA